CUGUGUUACUUUUCAUGACUAGGGAAAUAUAAUAAUAACAAAAACAUCUUCCAUUAUUUAAACUUAGUUAGGCCGUAAAUAAUUUAAAAACGCUUUAAAAUGCCUGUAAGAAAAGCCAUACAUGCAGGGAGCUGGUAUUCCGACUCGGGUCCAGAAUUGUCCAGACAAUUGGAAUAUUGGCUCAGCCAAGCUGAUCUCACACAUGGACCUGCAAGAGCAAUUAUCGCACCACAUGCUGGAUAUCAAUACUGUGGGGCUUGUGGUGGUCAUGCCUACAGACAGAUAAGUCCAGUGGUUGUUCAAAAAAUUUUUAUUUUGGGACCUUCACACCAUGUCCGUUUAACAGGUUGUGCCUUGAGUGGUGUCAAAAAAUAUAAAACACCAUUAUAUGAUCUUAUCAUAGAUACUGCUGUUAACAAAGAAUUAGAGCUGACUGGUCAAUUUGAAUGGAUGGAUGUUGAAACUGAUGAAAAUGAACACAGCAUUGAAAUGCAUCUGCCAUACAUAGCAAAAGUUAUGGAGAAUUUUAAAAACCAGUUCACAAUUAUUCCUAUUCUUGUGGGCUCUUUAACACCAGACAGAGAAGCAUACUAUGGAAGAAUUUUAUCAACAUAUUUAGCAGAUCCGAAAAACCUCUUCAUCAUCUCAUCUGAUUUUUGUCAUUGGGGUCAAAGAUUUAGGUACACCUAUUAUGAUAGAUCCUAUGGGAACAUUCAUCAGUCCAUUGAACGAUUGGACCGACUGGGGAUGAAUAUCAUAGAAAAUUUAGAUCCCGCUGAAUUUACAAAUUACCUGAAAAAAUAUGGCAAUACUAUAUGUGGAAGACAUCCUAUUGGAAUUCUACUACAAGCAAUACAAGAACUUCUCAGGAAUGAUAGCAGUCAAAACGUUAGUUUAAAAUUUUUAAGAUACGCGCAAUCAAGUCAAUGUCGUAACAUGAAUGACUCCUCCGUCAGUUACGCAGCUGCAGCACUUGUGAUUGAAUAGUCCAUAAGGGGCCUUACAUUGAAUUUUAUAUUUAUACUUUAUUUUAUUUUAAUGAACAAUUUUAUUAUUUCUAUACAAAUACUGAUGGGCAUAAUUAAGUUGGAUAUUUUAUUUUGAUUGUUUUUUUUUAAGUGACGAAUGAUGUGCAACAAAUUACACAAUCACGGUCUGUGUAGUUUUAUACAUAGAUAACUUUUUAUUUUUUAUUUUAGGGGCGAUAUUAUUUUAUAAGAAUGCAAAACUUACUACUUAAAAUAUUUUUGCCUACAAUGUCCAUUAAUAUAGGUUUUAAUUAGCCUUUCCACAAUUUGGUAGAAUAAAUUGUAAGAUUUCUUUCGAUUUCCUUUAAUUUGGAACAACGUUUAUUUAAUUCAAUAAUGGGUGUCUUACACAGGCUAACGAAAAAUAAUCUUCUAAUCUAACAGCGUUUUUACCAAUAAUUAUGUUACAUGUUGUAGUUAGAUUCGGCACUAUGAUGCAUACCAUUACUUUUUGGGUAAAUUUUUCUUGAGAAAUUUGUUAAAUGUGGUAAUUGUUAAUUUUAAAUUCGGCAUAUCAAACAUCAUGAGAAGUGAGCGUAAAUUCGCACAAAUAUUUUCAUCGUUGGUCGGUGUUUCAAUGUAUGAAUUGUUUAUACAUAAAAAUUAUUUGAUUUAUAUAUUAUCAUUAAGUAGUUCACUAUACCUGUAAACAAAUCAAUCGCAUUUAUAAUAUUUAUUAUGUACUGUAAAUAUUAAAUGUGGGUGGGUUUAUACAAUACCACUUUGUUAAAUACUUUAUACAUACGCAUUACUUUAUACCUAAACAUUUUUUAACUUACCACACCAAAGUUCAUUUUCUUAUAGCUAGCUAAACUAUGAAAGCAAAAUUGUGGGACACUAGCUUUACUUAUUAGGUUGUAUUAGUUCUAAAUCGCUAAUAUAAGAAUAAUUGAUAUUUUUACAUUUGUAUGUUGGCUAAUUAUUUUCGUGUGUGAAUAAAAUGAAGUCGUAUGAUUGCCAACGAAAUGUGUCAACGUUCUUAAUACUUAUUAGGUGUCAUUGAUUUACUUAUUUAGUUAAAAUUUAAUUUUAGUAUAGUUAAAGACGUAAAAGUUUUAUACAGCGUUAAGUCUGAAACAAAGAAAUCUCGACAUACAUUAUUUGUUUUUUUUUACGGAAAUGUAUGUAUACUCAAGCAAGACUGUUAGGCAGUUUGAUAUGUAUGUCUUGAUGAAGAUUAGUUUUGUUUUUAGAAUAACUCGAAUAUUGUUUUUAGGUUUAUUAUGAGUUAGAAUAAGAAAACAAGAACAUAUCUUUAUCAAGACACCAUAAUACUUAAUUAUUAAUUUUUUGUUAUAUCUGAAUUUCCUUAGUCUGACUUAUAUCAUAAUGUAUGUUGUUGAAUCUUUCUUAUUAUUAUUAAAUUUACACUGCAUAAUUUGCAUAAUCAUGAAUGUCUUUAAUUACAAUAAUAAAAUCAAAAUAUAUUUGUUACAUACAUAUUGUUCCAAAUUAUCAUAUACGUUUAAUAUUUAGUUUACAAAAUUCAACCAAAUUGUCCUACUUAGGCCUACUUUAUGUAAGCCUUAAGACUGUAAAAUUUUUACAAUAUAAAAGUACAUAUGCCUUUUAAGGAAUCAAUCUAUUCAUGUAAAUACUGUGAAUGCAAAUUUUAUAUCAAUUCUUGUAACACAGACGGAAAUACAAAAAUAUUUUAAA